AUGGUGAGAAGGGCACAAGAACCUAACAAACUGCCUGUGUCCGUUGGACAGAGCAGCGUCCGCAGAAAAGAAACAGGCACAAUUUGUCACCCAUCUUCUGGUAGUAGGAAAGGUUGGUUCACUGCAGAGCUACCUGGGCUAUCUGAUCCACAGCGGAUAGUCAGGUGUCUUUUGAAAAGCACCAGACCAUUUUGUUUUAAGGGUAAUUCACCCUUGUUCGAAAGCACCAGUAGGCGCGGUCAACCGUUGGGCGAUCGGAGUGUGCCGCCAACCUUCUCAACCGCGCCCUUCCUCUUGGGAUGGCAGUAUCACUGCUCCCAUGAAUAUGGAUAUGUUGAGCGCCUGUCUUCACACUCCUAUCCCAAAGAACAGUACGACUUUACCGCCCCCCCAGACCGCCUCGUAGCACGAUUACUCGUAGUACGGGGUCUCGCUGUUGUUGGUCUGAAUCCUCCCCUUUGA